CACGUGAUCACUAGGACAACGUUUGUAUUGAAAAUAAAUAAAUACAGAUUGAGAUUAUUUAUCUAGGCUAAAUCAGAGUAAAUCAAGGUAGUCUAGGACUUUGACUUAGAGCUUCUAGUCUAAGCUAUCAGAAUUUAUAUUUAUUUUAAUAUAUAGAUAUAGUAAUUAUAAAACUAGCGGUCUUUUUCAAGAUUAUAAAAUUCAGAUACGAUCCCCAUUAACAAACCUACGGAAUGGCUGUAACUCUUGCCCUGUGUUUGGCAGCUUUAUCUGCUGUAACUGUCGUACUGUCUGCACCAUCAGAAGAUUUAAUCACUGAUUUGCCAGGUUUAACAUGGAAGCCAAACUUUGAACAAUAUUCUGGAUAUUUAAAUGGUGUUGGUACAAAGAGGCUUCAUUACUGGUUUGUACAAUCCUCCAGCAACCCAAAAACUGACCCUGUUGUUCUGUGGAUGAAUGGUGGACCAGGUUGCAGCUCAUUGCAUGGCUUUCUUACAGAACAUGGCCCAUUUAGGGCUCAACCUGAUGGAGAAUCUUUACUUCCAAAUCCUUUUGCUUGGAACCAGGUGGCCAACAUGAUCUACCUUGAAGCACCAGCUGGUGUUGGCUUCUCUUAUUCCCAAGACAGAAAUUACUCAACAGACGAUGAUGAUGUUGCCAGAAACAAUCACCUGGCCCUGCAGGAUUUCUUUAAAAAGUUUCCAGAAUAUUCCAGUAAUGACUUUUAUAUCUCAGGGGAGAGCUAUGGAGGGAUUUAUGUUCCAACUCUAGCUUCAUUGGUUCUAGAUGAUCAUUCAAUCAAACUUAAGGGUUUUGUUGUUGGGAAUGGCUUGUCUGAUGACAACAUGAAUGACAACUCCAUUGUAUACUUCGCUUAUUUUCAUGGUCUGAUUGGAGAUGAAGACUGGAACAAUAUUUAUACUUCAUGCUGUUCUGGCAAUACUUCAAAGGGUUACUGUGACUUUGUAGCUGGAAGUGCAAAGUCUUCUAAAUGUGCCUCUGAGCUGAGUCAGGUUCAAAUUUUAGUUUGGAGUUCUGGGCUGAAUGUGUACAACCUUUAUGCUGAUUGUGCUGGGGGCGUCAGAGAUCUUAUGCUCCACUACGAUGAGGACAGAAAUAAAUUUGUCACUAGUAACUUUGGAUGGCUGUUCAUGUUUUUGAAAAACAAAAAUUACGAGAAACUUAGUGAGAUUCCUCUAAGUAAAUUGGAAUCAACACCUCCUUGUGUCAAUGACUCCUAUGUAGUCAAGUAUUUGAACUCUGCACCAGUAAAGAGUGCGCUGCACAUUUCUAAUGAUGCUGGAGACUGGGAUGUAUGCAGUUCUAUUGUAGGAGCAGGAUAUCAAAGAAAUUAUAACACAAUGGGCCCCCAGUAUCAAAAAGCUAUCAGUAGGAAGAUGCGCAUCUUAGUGUACAAUGGGGAUGUUGAUAUGGCAUGCAACUUCCUUGGUGAUGAAUGGUUUGUGGAUUCCCUCCAUGUCUCAAAUCCACAAGAGAGGAGAAAGUGGUAUUACAAAGCACAGGAUGGAACAAAACAAGUUGGGGGUUUUGUUAAAGUAUUUGACAGAGUUGCAUUCCUUACUGUUAGGGGAGCAGGACAUAUGGUACCAACAGAUCGUCCAAGACAGGCUUUAGAAAUGUUUGUAAACUACAUCCAAAACACACCAUUUUAACGAUAAAUGGUAUUAAUGUCAUCAGGCUCUAGUUGUUGAUAAAAAUGCAAAUGUCUCAUUGGUGAUAAUACCGUCCUGCCUGCCUUACACAUCAUUCAAGACAUGUUUUCUGUAGCCUUCCAUGUUAUAAUACCUGAUCUUGUAUCUCUUAUAUCUAGAGAUCCUUAAGGGUACAAUGUAAACACAAAUAUAGUUUUGACCUGUACUACAUAAUUAAAUAAGUAUUUAAUACUCAGUUUUUUAUUUACUAUAUAGUUAAUCUGCUUUAAGUGAUGUAAAAAGUAUAGUUUAGUUUAAAUUAUGAAAUAAAUGACAGAUCUGUG